AUGCACGAAAAUCUCCAAAAAAGAUCAAUACCAGCAAAUCCUGAUAGCAAUCAGCAAACAAUAUCGCUGGAAAGUGGAUUACCAAGUGUGGGAUCUAUUGUUUGGUCUGCUGGACGUACUCGCGCUCAACAAGCAAUCAAUUUGUAUGCUAAUUUAGAUUAUCUCAGACCAUAUUUUGAUGUCGAACCGAAGGAAUUAGUGCAUCGAUUAUUGUAUAGCUUAGUUCCUCGAUGGCCAUCGCCAGAUGAAAGUAUGAAACCUGAACUCUACGGUCCGUCAAUGAUUGUGUUCACUUUGGCAGCGAUUUUGAUAUAUCAAAUGAAGUUAGGCAGUCACUCUGUACAAGACGGUACUCUAAUCGGAACGAGUUUUCUUGUCUGUUUUGGUUACUGGAUUGGAUCCAGUUUUGCUAUUUCGUCAAUGUCAUUCGUCUGUAAUACACGUCUGACCUUUAUGCAGAUUUUAAGUAUAAAUGGUUAUGCUCUAUUCAGUCAUACGAUUGUUCUUCUCCUGGCUACGUUUAUUCACACGGGUCACGAUCAUCUUCUGUUCUAUGGUCUCUGGUGCAUUGUUGGAGGUGUAGCUGCCAUCAGAAUGAUGUUUAUUAUUAUGGCACGAACAAUCAAUCCACGAUAUCGGGCUUUACUCGGACUUUUUGUUGUAGCUAUUCACAUGUUUUUUCUACUCUACCUUCACUUUGCUUACCAUGAAUUAGCAGAAACUAUUUCUCAUGCAAUGAAUGAUGAAGCAACUAGCGCGAAUGAUGCAGCUGUUAAAUCUGUUUUGGCUCCCGCUUCUCCAGCAGCUGAUGUUCUUGCACGAUCAAAAGAUCGACUGAUGGCACGGAAUAGCUGA